ACGUAUAUCAAUGAUUGCUUCAACAUUUGCACCUGAGAAUUUCCGCUCAUACCUCACUCAACUCACUGUUUUCUUUUACAGGUCGGCAGUUUGACGGCCAUCAAGGCUCGCUCUCCGGUCAUCGCAGGAAAUUUCGCAGUUUGGGGCGGUAUGUUCAGCACAAUCGACUGCACCCUGGUGCAUUUCCGGAAGAAGGAAGACCCGUGGAACUCGAUCAUCAGCGGAGCGGCCACCGGAGGAAUCCUGGCGGCACGUAAUGGCGUCGGCGCUAUGGCCGGCAGUGCCAUCAUCGGUGGCGUCCUGCUGGCACUGAUCGAAGGCGUCGGAAUCCUGUUUACGAGAAUUUCCGCCGAACAGUUCCGCUCACAGCCGAUCGUGGAAGACCCCUCGGCGCUGGGUGACCCCUCGCAGAAUGCUGCCGGUGCAUCGGCAUCGGCGUCGUCGUCCUCAUCGAUGCCAUUCGGUUUCGGGAAAGAGAAAGGAUUCAAUUAGAAUGGAAGCUUGACCCUUUCCAAUAGUGUGAUGAUGAAAAACCCGCGGGAACUUUGUAACGGAUGACUGCGAGCGAGCGCGAUUAGGCACGAUUGUGUGAUAGAAUCUAGUGAAACUGUAUGGUAACAAAGGUGGGGACAAGAAAAGUGUUCUGCUAACACACGCCGAAUUUCGGUACAUCCGGAUGCCGAUAAAAUAUAACGAACGAAACGAUCGGGCGGUGGCAUUGUUGGAUGAAAUCUUUCUAAACUAUUUCCUCCAACUACUGAGCUUCUCGAUGAACGAUGAAUGGUAUCGUCAACUUUUUUCUGUUUCUUUCAGAACCGGAUGAGCAAAAUUAGACCUAGUUUUCUGUAUAUAAAUCUAAGAGCAAAUAAAAUUCGAUUAUUUCAAACUUGAUUAAAA